CCCCACCUUCCAGACGGCAAAACCAGAAAAAGCCCAUUUCAACCACCCCCAAGAUCUAUCCGCUUCGCCGCAACGCCUUCCGGAAAAGCCUCAACGCUCUCGAUACGCACACCUCAGCCGCUCGCGGGCACUCCCUCGACCCAUACACUGCCAAGUCCACUUCCGCGACAUAUCGAAUUUGGAGGUAGUGGUCGACUCAACAACAAUGUCGAACGAACAAACUGUGGCCAGCACGGCGACAGCAUCGCAGGCCGUCGUGUCACUUACACCAAAUGGACAAAAACGUCCCAGGCCAAAGGAACCGACUGUCCUAGAGGAAGACGUCUACGUACAAGCCGUAUCCGACAUUAUCGAACGCGAUUUCUUCCCCAACCUAAAGAAAAUGAAGUUGCAGAACGAGUUCCUGGCAGCUGUACAGGGUGGAGAAAUAGGUCUUGCGAGGAGCCUCGGUGUUGAAAUGGCUCGCAUGGCAACUAGUGGAAGGACGCCAGCUUCUAUGGCGGGCUCAUUCACACCGCAAGCUCCGUUUCACACGCCGGUGGGCUCGAGAACGCCAGUGUCGGUCAGAUCGAACGUCUCGCAAGCGGCAACCGCAACACAUGAAGGCCCCAUCAAUAUGAACACGCGGCUCUCACUUGAUAAGUUCCAAGCCGCCUACACCAGCGAAGACAAUGCUUCAUUUGCCACGAUUGUAGAAAAGGCGAACAAGGAGCAACGGGAAAAGCAUCGAUGGAUCUACGAAAAGGAGAAGGCUCAGCUGCUCUUGGGAACCGGGCCAGCUCCAACGGACAAGAAUGGCAAACUCAUAGAAGGAGGGAAUAAAGGCGUGGAGGACUGGAAGUUCAAGGCCAGAAACGCAUUGAUGUACUACCCGGAGGGCGCACCAUACACACCAGCGGACCAAGUCGCAUCACGCGGAGCGCCGAAAGCCGUGUCUCACGCUUCCACUCGAUUCGACCCGUCUCUUACCAACGGGCAGCUCACGGAUGUAGCCUCUGCAACAGCAGAACGAAUGCGAACACAGGAAGUGUGGCGGGACAUGGCCAGAGCGACCCCAGGUCUUUUACCCAGAGUGGAACAGUCGGCAGAGGUGCAAGGAGCGGUUGACGGAUACGCCUAUGUCUCGUCGACGCCUGCUUUGAAUCCGGAUGAGGACAUAGAUCCGUCUGAGCUCAUGACGUGGGGUUUCAUUGAAGGAACACCGUUAUUGGUUGACGCCGGGGCAGAUCACAGCGGUGGUAGGAGUUUCAAGAUACCCAACACACCCAAGCGAGAGGCCCUGGGACACAAACUAUCUGAGAAGGCGGCGAAGUCUUUACGAAGCAAGAAGGCGGAAACGGGAGUUUCGUCGCCCCGGUUCAAGACACCUGGUCUGCCCGCGAGGUUGAUGACACCCGGAUCAUCCACGCCAGGCGCCCGCAGAAACACCCACGUAUCUGCAUCACCACUCAACAUCCGCUCAGCUUCCCUAUCCCCAGGUGCCCAGCAUCUACUCAAGAAAACCGGGGCAGCUUCAUUCCUCACAAACAACAAAUCCUUCGACGCGCAGUUGCGAGCCAGCUACUCCAAAACUCCUAUAUCCUCCCGAACACCCGGCUCCGUGUCGAAUUCGCGAGCUGCAAGCGUUGCGCCAUUCACACCGGACUCACGACAACGAACCACGGCGCCGCCGCUGUACACACCUGAGGUUCGUACCCGCACUCGAAGCCCGACCAUGUCUCCACCACCCGCACAGCAGGAGAGCGAGGUGAAGGAAGGGAAGGUGAAUGGAAAUGCUUCCAUCACCGAUAAUCUGUUGCAGCUGUAAACAUAUUGUAGCUUUGCAUACGGCGUUCUUGUAUAUCAAAGUUUUGGAGGUGACAUAGAAUAUAUUAGCUUGAUGUCCG